AUGUCGAGCAUACAGACGCCACCGCAGACUCCCAGGCGGGUCUCGUCUCAUCGCCGAGCAAAGACCCUCGCUCCGAGCCCGGUGCGAACUCCCCUCGGCCCCCGUCCCACUCUCCAGCACUCCCGCUCUAGCGGAACUCUCGCUCGACAAUUUGUCGACACACAUUCUACCACCUAUGCCCACCUAUACGAGCACGAGGAUGAUGGGAUCACCCGUGAGAAGCUCGAGGCGGAGCAGCGGCGGCUAGAGGAGGAGAGGAGAAGAGGGCGCGAGAUGCGCGAGCGGAUGAUGCGGAUGAAGCUCGGUGGAGAAAAGGAGAAUGUCGCGACUGGAUCGGGGGAGACCAAGACGCGAGCUGCGAGCUGGAGACCGCUCAGUCUGGUGGCGAAGAGACAGGGAGGGGGAGCGGGCCAUGUUCGAUCGGCAUCGCACCAAUUACCGUCUUCACUGCUUGCCGGCCCAAGUCUGCGGUCAGUCUCCGAUACACCCACCUCCCUCUGCAUCACCCAUAUGGCACAUGCUCCCUCUCCUUCUCGAUCUCCCGCCCACUCCACGCACAGCCAACCCCUGCGCGUCGUUAUCGAGCGGUCAGACUCGCCGUACCACUCAGAGGAAGGGCAAAUCGGCAACACCUCGGUAUCGUCGGACCCUAAAUCCACCUACUCGUGGGCGUCAUCCUUCUCCGGUGAGACCGCCGAGCUGCGCGCAACAGCCACCUAUCUGCGACAAUCGUUGGACAACUCUCGCCGAGUCAGUGCCAAUAUCCCUGAAGGCGAUGAGGCGGAGCACAACGGGGCGACGGAGACGGAAGCGCAAGAGACGCUUGAUACACCAGACAAGGUCAAGCGGCGGCGGAAGCGGAUCGUGGCUAUCGCGCAUACCGUGCGCCAGCUGGAGGGCGUAGGGAGCAGGGAAGCGGAGGAUCCCAACUUCUAUGGCCAGCUCGUCAAGGCCUGGAACGACCGACCUGGGUUCGCGCCAGUCGCGGCGCCACCACUUCACGGACCUCCCGCCCUCCUUCCACCACCAAAUCUUCCUCCUCCACCUCCAGCCGACCCAUAUCAGUACCCACCACCCAUGUCUCCCGCAUUUGAGCGUCACUUUGGCUCUCCCGCGGAUCCGCAACUCUACACCCCUGCCAUGGGCUACGCGGGCCCAUCCACUGCCGAAGAGGUCUACGAGUACGACGACCAGGCGUCAGACUUUUCAGGCGAAUUCCGCUCGAGGUCGUUCCGGAACUCGUACGCCUCUGCGCUACAUGAUCUAGCGCUGGAGGGGGGAGAGGGAAGCGGCCAGAGGAUGACGGAGAAGGCAUGGCUCAAAUCGCCGAUGCGGUGGAGCGGAGCGUGGGAGGGCUGGGGAGCAAAGCCGCCUACUCCUGCUGCAAAGGAGGAGGAGAGCACGAUCGACUGGACCCAGACCCCGCAGCGGCCUCGCCCAAAUUCAUCACGGAUCCCCCGGAGCGCCCCAAACUUCUCCAAACCCCUUCAACCAAUCCCUGUAGCUGCCGGCACGCCCGACAAGGAAGGCUGGGGCUUAGGCUUCAUGUCGGCUUGGUGGACCGAGCCACCGGCGUCGUCUCGCAACCUCGCAGCAGCCAGUAGCCGUCCUCCGUCCGGGACCGAAGAUAGGCGGCAGGAUUUUCAGAUGGGGGAGGGCGAGACUCGCUGGAUAUCAACCUCGCCGACCUCACUGUCGGGCGACGCGGGGGCGGUCGGCGAGAGCAGCACUCCGGGUCACACCAACACGUCCAUGACGCUCAGCGGGGUGAGCACGCCCAGCUUUGGGAUGCGCAUACACGCGUCGGCGGAACGGAAAUGGGCGAGGGCGGAAAUCGUCCGCCGUCCAGCAGCCACCGACACCGCGGCUCCACCCACCUGGCUGGCGUCCAUCCCGAUGGAGACCGGCUCGUCGGGGGUAUCCAUCGAAUCACACCGGCCCAUGGCGACGGCCGACAGCAACGCAAUUUCCGUUCUCGAGCCAUUGCCGACCGCCCAGCUGCUCGAUCCCCUCGACAUCAUCGUCCCUCGUAUCGGUACCGUCCGAGAUCCAGCACCUGCGCGAGGCAAGAGGUCCCUCCUCGGGUGGCUUGGGGAAUGGGUCGUUCCCCUCGGAUCGGACACUGCAUCCCCGGAUGCUUCACCCCCAAGCUCGCCAGGACGCUGUGGAGACUCUGACGGAGGAGAGGGAGGGGGCGAAGGCGAUGAUGGAGGAGAGGCCAGAGAAGGGCGUCGGACUCCUGCAGAGACGCCACGUCCGGCCAUUGAUGCUCGGCGAGAUGCUGAACCCGUUCCCCGCCGUCACGCAGACCACCGAGCAACGGUCAUCCACUUUCCAUCUGGCUACGCAUACGAUCAACCCCAGUCCUACCAGCCAAAGCCCGACCUCGGCUUCCUCCCAAACCCACUUUUUUCCCCCGCCUACUACCCCCCUCACACCGAGCGAUACCUCGCGCCCGGCCGAGACGCUCCACGACCAUGCGGACGUCGAGGCGCAAGACCAGAUGAAAAGGCAGUACCUGGCGUCGACACUUCGCCGGCAGCCAAGCUUCGCCCGCUCUUCCUCCCCAUGCGACUUGAGCGGGCUAGAUGGCGAUAUUCAACUGCCAGUACCGUCGGGUCCAACGGCACCGCUCUACCCGUCUACCAGCCGGAGGUACAGGGAUGCGACGCCAUCGGUCCACACGGCGGUCAUGCCAAAGCAGAGGAAGGCGCCCACGGCGCUGCUAUUUUGGCUGGGAUUCAUCAUGCCUUGGUGCUGGAUAUUUGGGGGAUGGCCAGUGGCGUCAGAGGGGUCAGUCAGGGAUGUAGAGAAGGGGGAGGUGGAGUCGAAGCAAAGUUGGCUGGCACGGUGGCUGCAUCACCCAGAUCCAUGGGCGACGCGGAGCAGGAUAGCAACGGUCACGGUGUUGCCGGCGGUAGCGGUAGCGGGGGUUGCAGGGGUGAUUGUUCUGGCGAUACUGAGGGGGAGAUGAUACAUUUUGGGACAUUAGGACAUUUAUCCAUAGGACAGUAUCUGUAG